CAAUAACCUGGCGUUGUAUGAUUUUUAACUUGGGCAGGGUCAGUCUUCCCUGCUAUCACCGGAAGAGGGUCAGUGGGGGAACGGUUGCCAGGCGGACUUGCCAGAAACACCUCGGAUGGGGGAAUGGAUUAAGCGGCGGACCGGGCUGAGUUUCCGGUGGCGGCAUGUUUGAAACUGAUUAAGUGCUCAGUCGGAAAGGGGAGGGAGCAGUCUCUGAGCUUGUUGAUCCAACUGAGAAUGCACUGAAAUAUUAGAAUGAUCAAAACUGAGGAAAUAAGUCGCCUAUUAUCUGAAUGAGAAUAAAAUAUAUAUUUAAAUAAUCAGAAAUAGACAUAAACACUGAAUGAACGAAUUCACGGAGCAACGACUACCCAAAAGAAACUGACCUGAGAUCCUGUAAAUUUCAUCUAAUUAUUUUGUUGUUCAAUUGCAGUGAGCAGAAAUGGAAUGUGAUCUAUUCACAUAAAAGUGACGUACUAAUGUUUUAUAAACACGCACAUGAAUUUAUAAAUGUUGAAAGAGCAGAGAAGUCCCUAUAUUCAGUGCGGGAUGUAAUCAUUCGUAGGUUAAGGGUGAAAAUCGGAAAAGCUGAUCAAAAGCAGAAAAUCAGCAUCAGAAACCUGGGCUCAGCAACUUCAGAGUUCAAUCCUCAGAAAUGACCAACAAAGAAACUACUCCAGCGAUCAAAUGCCGACAAAGAUUUAUGGGUCAACAUCGAAUCCUCAUUCAAAAGCGAAGCGCCGUUGAUUCACAUUCCCCAACCCUUCGCCGGUCAGGCCGCUUGCAGCAGCGAAUGCCCGGUUCAAAUGGGAAGGUAAAGCGCACGGAUGUGACCCAUGCUGAGGUCCCUGCUAAUGUUAAUCCAUCAUUUGGGAAUACUGGCUUUGCUUCUGAAUCAUCCUUAUCUUUGGAUGAUGAACUCAUACAAGCAGCAUUGGAUCUUGAAAAAAACUGGAAUGCUGGAAUUCCAAAAGAUGUUUUAAAAUCAAUAUAUUUGGACGAUAUUAGGGCAACAUCCAAUUCUGGUGGAGGUGCAAUUGAAGAAGUUAAUACCUUUAAUCCUCCUCAUGAAGAAAAGGGCUCAAGUUCUGCAGCAAGGAAAUGUAGGAGUAAUGAUGUGGACCAGAAAACAUUGCACGGAAUGGUAUCACCUAAAAAGAUCAAGAACUCAUCAGCAAUUACAAAUGUUAAUCUUGAUUUGUUCAAUAACCCUUUACACAGUGGCCGUAAAGCAUUGGCCAAUAGACGCAAAAGAGAAAGACCUUUGUUUAGAAACAAUCCGGAUUCAGAUACUUCAGUGCACCCUGCCGCAAAGAAAAUAGUAGUUUCACAAAAGUGUUCACCUGUCACAAAUGGAGACCGACAGCCAUCUUGUAUACAAAAAUGUCAAAAAGUAAGAACUGUGGUUAAAUGGCAGAUUAGAACGUCAAGUCAGCAAGAUAGAACUUUGGAAACAUCAAGAUGUUCCAUCAUGCUUACUCCAAAUUGUCAAAAUUGGGUAGAAAAGAAGAAACUUUCGCAAUCUAAUUAUUCCGUGCCUGUGCUAACACCACCUCCUGGCCUCAGUCAAAGUCUGUUAGAUGGCAGCAAACUCAGUGUGACACUGACAGCAACAGGGCAAUGUGGGCAGGUAGCUGCCCCCUCACAACAAUCAAUGCUACUGCUGUCUAACUGGGGGCUGCCCAAGUCCGUUCUGGAGAAUUAUCAGAGCAUGGGUGUAGUCAGCAUUUUUGAAUGGCAAGCUGAGUGUCUUACUCAACAUCAUGUGUUAGAGGGACGAAACUUGGUCUAUUCAGCCCCUACCAGUGCCGGAAAGACACUCGUAGCAGAAUUGCUCAUUUUAAAGAGAGUUCUGGAAAACCGGAAGAAAGCGCUGUUCAUCCUGCCAUUUGUUUCUGUGGCAAAGGAGAAGAUGUAUUACCUGCAGAACCUAUUUCAAGAGGCUAUGGUGAGAGUGGCAGGAUAUAUGGGAAGCACAUCACCUGCUGGGGGAUUUUCAUCGCUGGAUAUAGCUGUGUGUACAAUUGAGAAAGCAAAUGGACUCCUCAACCGAAUUAUUGAGGAGGAUAAAAUGGACCAGAUCGGAAUUGUAGUAGUGGAUGAGUUACAUAUGUUGGGGGAUUCGCAUAGGGGAUACCUGUUGGAACUUCUCUUAACCAAAAUACUGUUUGUUACUCAAAAGAGUGCAAAGAGGCAUAAGGCUGCGGCAAAAGGAAAGAGGCUCAUUGAUGGAGUACAGAUUGUAGGGAUGAGUGCCACUCUUCCAAACUUGGGUAUCGUAGCAACCUGGUUAGACGCAGAACUGUAUUGUACUGAUUUCAGGCCUGUACCUUUACUGGAAUUGUUAAAGGUUGGCAACACAAUUUAUGAUUCAGAAAUGAAAGUGGUGCGAGAAUUUCAACCUGCACUUCAGAUUAAGGGUGAUGAGGAUAAUAUUGUGAGCCUUUGCUACGAGACUGUGCAGAAUGGUCACUCUGUCCUCCUGUUCUGUCCUUCCAAGAAUUGGUGUGAAAAACUGUCUGAUACUAUAGCCAGAGAAUUCUAUCAUCUCCACCACAUGACAAGCACUGAAGGAUUUGUAAAAGCAUCCAAGUUGUUCCCUUACACACUACACAGGGAUGAGCUCCAAGAGACAGUGGAUCAGCUAAAGCGCACUCCAGCUGGACUCGAUGCAGUGCUGGGGCGCACUGUACCUCAGGGAGUGGCCUUUCAUCACGCUGGAUUGACUUUUGAUGAACGUGAUAUCAUUGAGGGGGCAUUUCGCCAUGGUUUGAUUCGUGUUCUUGUGGCUACUUCCACCCUGUCCUCUGGUGUAAAUCUACCAGCUCGUCGUGUGAUUAUUAGAUCGCCAGUGUUUAAUGGGCGGCUCCUUGAUGUUAUCACCUACAAACAGAUGUCUGGGAGAGCUGGAAGGAAAGGAGUGGACACAAUGGGUGAAAGUAUACUGGUGUGUAAGAAUGCAGAGAAAGCAAAAGGAAUGAGCCUGAUACAGGGCUUUCUCAAACCUAUUCGUAGUUGCCUUGUGAAGAAGGAAGGAGAGGGUGUCACUACCAGUAUGAUCCGAGCUAUCCUUGAGAUUAUAGUAGGCGGUGUUGCCAGUACCCCAGAAGAUGUCCGUGUGUAUGCCUCAUGCACACUGCUGGCUGCCAGUGCACAAGGAACUGAGGUAGCAUCAAUCCAGGGCAAUGCUAUUGAGGACUCUAUACACUACCUAAUGGAGAAUGAGCUUAUUCAAAUACUGGAAGAGGACCAGGAAGGAAAUAAAAUUCAACUGUAUCGACCCACACAGUUAGGAGCAGCCACUCUUGCUUCUUCCCUGUCUCCUCCAGAUGCACUGAGAAUCUUCGCUGACUUGCAGAAAGCAAUGAAAGGAUUUGUUUUGGAGAAUGAUCUUCAUAUUCUCUAUCAGAUCACACCAUUCUAUGAAGAAUGGAUAACCAUUGACUGGUAUCAAUUUUUCUGCUUGUGGGAGAAGUUGUCAGCCUCAAUGAGGAGAGUAGCAGAGCUAGUUGGAAUUGAGGAAGGUUUUUUGGCCCGAUCAAUUCGAGGCAAACUUAUUCCCAAGACGGACAAGCAACGCAGACAAAUGGCUAUUCACAAAAGAUUUUUCACUAGCCUUGUGUUACUCGAUUUAAUCAAUGAAGUUCCUCUCGGAGUUGUUGCAAAGAAAUAUCAUUGCAGUCGAGGACAGCUUCAAUCUCUGCAGCAGUCUGCAGCAACUUAUGCAGGUAUGAUAACAGUAUUUAGUAACCGACUUGGUUGGCAUAAUAUGGAGCUGCUGCUUUCACACUUUCAAAGUCGCCUUAAUUUUGGUGUUCAGCGACAACUUUGUGAUCUUGUGCGGAUUUCUUUGCUGAAUGCACAGCGUGCUCGAGCAUUGUAUAAUGCUGGAUUUGGCACAGUAUCUGAGCUGGCACAGGGGAACCCUGCUGAUGUAGAAACUGCUCUGAGAAACGCUGUCCCAUUUAAAAGUUCCAGGAAAGCAGUUGAUGAGAGUGAAUGUGAAGUUCUGGAACGCAGGAAAACUCGCUGUAUCUGGGUGAGUGGAAGGAAAGGCCUAACUGAGAGAGAUGUUGCUGUCCUCAUUGUGGAAGAGGCCAGGAAUCUCCUUCAACAAGAUCUGGCUUCAAUGGGUAUUGAAUGGGCCCCCAACCAGUUGCUAACUGUGGUACAGCAAGAACCUCCCCUGGCAGCUGCUGUAUCUGAGAAUGGUCCGGAGUAUGGUGAUGCUGCAUCCUUAAAUCCAAAUUCAGUGGGAUCUGGGAAAAGCCAUGGAGUUACAGAUAUUUCAGUCACUGACUCAUUGGAACAUAUUGCCACCAAGACUGAAGCAUGUUAUGACAAGAAUGCAGAAAACCUGAAUUCUAAUUACAAUAGGGAAUCUGCUAACAAGCAACCAUCAAAUGGCCUUCCUGAGGAAAAUAUCUUUCUCUCAGUUGAUGGGCAUUGUAAGACGAAUGUGGAGAGUUUGAAUUCGUCAAAAGUUGGGCAACGUUUUGUCAAUGAUAUGCAAGUUGUAAAAAAUGUUAUCAAUGCAAAUAAUUCCUUUUUGGUGGCUAAUGACAAGAAACGUGUUGGUGAUGGUAAAAAUGAGAAGAAUGUUGGAGAAAAUACAGCUCAAACUUUGCACCACAUUCAGACUGAGAGCAAUGCCAUUGAUGCUGUAAAUCACAAAAUACACAGGAAUCCAGUAACUGUUGGUGAGGAAAAUAAUAUAAACGGCCGAAACGUUGUUGAAGACAAGUCCUCUGUGAUGUGUUCUGUCACAGGAGUGUUUGAUGAGAGCUUUCAGUUGGAUUCACAGAUUGAAAAGAUCAUAGAGCAAGCUGCUGCCACUGCAUUGCCGAUUUGUGAAGGUCAGCAAGGAACUGACAAGACUAACCUAGCCGGCAAAUUCAAGUCCAGAAUAGAAAGCGGUGAGAGCUCAGUUAUUGUUGGAACUAGUGCAAAGCAAUCCAGCGGUAACACUUCAAAUGGAAAUGAGACAUCGAAACAUAAGCCUGCAGUAAGUGAGAAAAUACCUCAGGGAGGACAUUUUAGUUCUUCUGAUCAUCAGGUACAGAGCUCUGGAAAAAGAGAGUUUUCCAACUUAAUUAAAUCCAUAAUAGGAUCACCUAAUAGUCUUCCAGCUCCUUCAUCUGAAACGGGUCCAUCUUCAUUGAAAGCCAAUGACUUGUCUUUAACUGAUACCCAGCUGCAGAAUUUCAUGCUGGAUUAUAAAACACCAGCUUCUAUUGAAGAAAGUGUCUCAACUGUUCCAGUUCAAAAAUUGAAUAGCGUACUGGAUAUUCCAAGUUGCAAUGGUGGAGCGCUCCGGUUACAAGAGCUUUUUGUUCAUUCCAGUACUGAUUAUGAGACCAACCUGAACAUUAGUGAUAGUUUAUUUGAUAGUUUUACGGACGUUUCCUCCAAUGAUGAUAUGCACACACAGGUAUUUACACCUGGCCAGCAACCACUGCCUAAAACAGAUAUGAUCCUGGAAAACCAGCCUUCUCGUAGUCUGGUAAUAGAAGAUGAAAUACGUCAGGAUCAGAAUGACGUGCAGAAAAUUGUUGCUGAAGGUCCUGAGAAAAAUUUACCUUGGAGUGAGUUGUCCUUUAAUUUGUCUGAUUUUAGAGAUUCCUACCAAAAUGGCAAUUCUGUCACUGGUUUCCUGGGGGAGUUAAGCAUGUACAAUCUGGACAAUGAUACAUCUGACAUUGCUGACGAUUUAAGAUUACAAGAACAGGAGAAGCUGAAUAGUCAAAUAGAAAGUGGCAACCCAUACCAAGGCAUAUUAACUAAUGGGUUACCUGACUGUGUGGUAAAAAAUAAGGUGACUGAGAACAGGAAAUCGAUGCAGUCACACCCACCACUUGAUCGAAGUCCAGAGGUAAAUGAGCUACAAAAUCAAUUGUCAACUCCUUUGGAUCAGAAAUAUCCAAAUUUAAAUGGACAAACCGAUGAUCAGGAGAAAGACCACUGUCUGAGAAAUCUCUCGGAAAUUGAUGGUUUUCCAAACAAUGCAACACAAACAUCUGAAACUCGAAAUCCACAGCAUGUGCUGGUGUUAUGUCAAACAGAGAAGACCGCGAGUAAGGUCUCACUAAAUCGGAACCAGAAAACAAAUAUAAGUAACCAAUCAUCACUUUUAGAAAUGGAAAAGCUGCCUGAAUCCAGACCAGACAGUCGAAAUGAAAUUCCUCCAACACCACCCAAUAAACCUGCGACUCCUAGAAUCAAACCCACUUUGACUGCGGUGACUGCUGAAAAGUGCCAAAAACAAUCUCUACCAUUAACAACUCCUGUUUGCUCUUUUCGUCAUUCUGACUUUGGGAGAGAAGAAGCGGGAAGUCCCCGAUCACAUCAUGUUGAAUGUAGUCCUGUGAUGGAUGUUAAUGGUGAUGCUGAUGGCUCUUUUGUAGGGGAAGGGUUUUCACUUCAGCUUUCACAAGACCAUUUAUCGCCAUCGCCCAACUCUUGCAGUGCAGAAACAUUCACCAUUAUUGAUGUGGCGAGUAGCCGAGCCCUGUUCCAGACAUUUAUGAAGGAGUGGAAAAUGAAACCAAGAUUCUCACUCACGGCUGCUUGUGAGAAAAAGCCACAUGUUUUGUCACCCAGCUCCGAGAUAGGUGGCAGGUUUAAGCAAGACAAGACUGCUGUAAAGGUUCAGACCAAAACAAAUGGAUUUGAAGUGAGCAGCCACAAAGGCCUUGUUGUAGUAGGUUUGUGCGUGUCAUGGGGAGGAAAGGAUGCUUACUACAUCUCAUUGCAGGAGACUCAGGAAAUUACUGGUGAUUUAAGUGACAGUUUGGCUCCUCCACCUCUAGACCCUGAACUGUCAGUGAAAGAAAGGCUUCUUCACGUACGUUCUUGUUUGCAGCAAGAUACAACGGCUGAUGCACCGCGCUCUAUUAUUACUUAUGACUUCAAGCAACACUACAAAACUCUCGUUGAGGCUUGCAACAUCUCCAUGGAAGGCGUCUACGAAGAUCCAAAGGUAGCAUGUUGGCUGCUGGAUCCUGGCUCCAAAGAGAGAACGCUUCAUAACAUGGUGACCAAUUUUCUCCCCCAGCAGCUUUCAUUACUGGAAGGUGUGAGCACCAGCCAUGGCGUUCAGAGUCUAGGGCUGGGUGUAAACAUUGACAUCUCUGGGCGGACCAGAGCCUCCAUAGAGUCAGUACUGGUCUAUGAUAUAAUGAAUCAACUUCAUUUGCUGCUUAAGAAAGAAAGUCUGCAAGACAUAUUUUGGAAUGUUGAAAUGAAGACUCAGUAUUGCUUGGCCUUGCUGGAGAUGAAUGGAAUAGGAUUCAGUACAGCUGAAUGUGAGAACCAGAAAUAUUUAAUGCAAACUAAGCUAGCUUUCAUAGAGGCGCAGGUUUACCAACUGGUAGGCCACAGCUUCUCCCUGACCAGUCCAGAUGAUAUUGCUGAGGUUCUAUUUUUGGAGCUCAAACUUCCUCCCAAUGGGGAUACUCAUAUGAAUGGCAAGAAGACACUUGGAUCCACAAGGAGGGCAGCAGUGACAGGAGGGCGUAGCAGGCUGGCCAAACAAUUCAGCACAAAUAAAGAAGUAUUGGAGAAAUUGAAGCCACUUCAUCCUUUGCCAGGCUUAAUCUUGGAAUGGAGGAGAAUUACUAAUGCAAUGUCCAAAGUAGUAUUCCCCCUGCAGCGCGAAAAACACCUACAUCCUCAGCUGGGAAUGGAGAGGAUCUACUCUAUCUCUCACACGCACAGUGCUACAGGUCGGAUCAGCUUUAUGGAGCCAAACCUGCAAAACGUGCCAAAGGAUUUUGAAAUUGAAAUGCCAACAAUGAUCAGACAGAGCCCCCCCUUUCAGGGGACAAACAAAUCAGCUGAUUCAACACGAUUCAGGAAGAGGCGGGUCCGUGGUUUUAUGGCAUCUUCUCGGCAGGCUAUGAUGGGUGAUGGAAAAAGUGAGAAAGAGCUGCCAUUUGUAGUUAGCAUAAGACAUGCUUUUGUUCCAUUUUCAGGUGGCCUCAUUUUGGCAGCAGAUUACUCCCAGUUGGAGCUACGAAUUCUGGCUCAUCUUUCCAAGGAUAGGAGCCUUAUUCAAGUUCUAAAUAGUGGGGAAGAUGUGUUCAAGAGCAUUGCUGCAGAGUGGAAAAUGGUAGAUCCAGCAGCAGUGAAUGAUAGACUGAGACAACAGGCCAAGCAGAUCUGUUAUGGGAUCAUUUAUGGGAUUGGAGCCAAGUCUCUUGGUGAGCAAAUGGGCCUGGAUGAGAAUGAUGCAGGUCGUUACCUAGAAACUUUCAAAUCGCGAUAUACAGGACUUCGGACAUUUCUGCAUGAAACAGUAAAAUGUUGUCAGGAAAAUGGAUUUGUGCAAACAAUUCUUGGCCGGAAACGAUACCUUCCAGCAAUAAAGGAUCCCAAUCCACAUGUUAAAGCUCACGCUCAACGUCAAGCAGUGAACACCACUGUUCAAGGAUCAGCGGCUGAUCUGGUAAAAAUAGCUACUGUUAAUGUUCAGAAACGAUUGGAGGAGGCCUUUCCAUCUGUUGCUAAAUCACAUGGUCACUGGAAAAGCAAGCUUCAGGAAGACAAAAAUAUGGAUAUGAUUCAAAGGAAAAAACGGCGAGAACUAUACCAACCAAAUUGUGGAGGUUUUUUCAUUUUACAGCUACAUGACGAACUGCUUUAUGAAGUUGCGGAGAAUGACAUGAUACAGAUUGCUCAGAUUCUGAAAAGUGAAAUGGAAAACACCAUGAAGCUGCUGGUGAAACUUUGUGUUAAAAUAAAGAUUGGUCCCAGUUGGGGGAACCUUCAAGAUUUGGACCUGUAGUGAAGAACUUGCCAGAUUUGAAAAUAUGGACAACUUCCUUGUGUAUUUAUUUUGGAGUGUUGGACACAUGGCUUAUGAUUGGUGCUAUUUAAUAUUUAGCGUAGAAAAUGAAAGAGUUACAUAUGGGUUUACUUUGAAUGUGAAUACCCUGUUAAAUAAAUCAAAACUGAAUCAUUCAGCUCUGUCAAUUGCUGAUAAUUAAAUUGAAUAAUAUUAAUCAAGUUAACCAAAAUAUUUUAUCACUGUGAAUUGCUGAAUGCUUUCCAAAAACGCAUCUAUUUAUUUGUACAAAAUUCAAUGAAAUUGAAUGUAGUAUUCUUGGAUGAAUUCAGUGGAGACUGUUUAACAGGGAUGUUCUAGAACAAAAGUCAUUUCUAUUCCAGGAAAUACUUGAAUGUCCCAGCUCAUUGUCUUAGCUUCAUGUCAUUUAAUUAAUGCAAAGUAACUUUCAAAGAGACAGACAUUUUAAAUCAUCUACAGAGUAUAUAGUGGUGUCUCACAUCUAUUCAAUUACCAGUUUUUCACUUUUGUAACUAUGUACAGAAUGAGAGCUUUGAAUAAAUGUGAUUUGUCUCAAUUUCUCUAUGGGAGAGUGAAUCUGCUACACAGAUUAUCAUGGAAACACCACCAAUGCUGCUUUAUACUUGGAGUUAUGCUUUUGAUUAUAAAGUGAACUGAUUAACUAGUUUUAUCCUCUUUGUGUGGAUAAUUAUUGCAUUGUAAUUAACUCCAACAAUUGAUGUGAUUAAUUGGUAAAACUCAUACCAAGGAACUGAGAGUUACUUUGGUAUAGAAAUGUCAGUGACUCUAAAAGCAGUCAAAGUAUCAGACACCUUUCCUCUGCUCGGGUGUGGAUAUUCUAAAUUGCUUGUAUAUUUAUUUAUAGCCAACCAUUAAAUGGUAGUCAGAAGCUCAGCUUGUAGUGAUCAGACUGUGUUCAAGAUGAAAGUUUUGUGUAAUUAUGAAUUGACAAAUUUAGAUUAAGUGGAACACAUUAUUUAUUGUACAAUUGAGAUGCUCAGCCUCUUUGGCAGCAUCUAUAGUGAAAAAGUGUUAACAUUUCAGGGUGAUGAAAGAUCAUCAUCUGGAAUUGUUCACUAUUUCUCUUUCCAAGGACAUGGACAGACCUGAGUAGUUAAAAUGUUUUUUUUGUCAUUUCAGAUUUCCAACCUUUGCAUUAUUUUAAUUUGUCAUUGUUUGAAUUGUCUGUAGCUGUUAACAUAACAUUAUUGCUAUGACUCAGAUCUGUUUAAGGUGACA